AUGGUUCCAAGAGGAGUUUUAGCCGCCAGGGCCGCCCCGCUGGGUCCCGGAGAAGUGUCGCUGCCGCCGGCGCCAUCGACGGCGGUAGGGUGGGGGGUGCCGAUGCUCUUGCGGCGCGCGGUAGCGGUCCGGGGGGGCAAGGAGGGCCCUGUCGAAGGUCGGGAGGUGCUACCCGGGUGCCCGAUGGCGCUAGCAACGGGGUCCUGCUGCUGCUGCUGCUGCUGUAAGGGAGGGGGAAGAGGAGAUGGUGUGCUGGUGGAUGGGGAAGAGCUGGUGGGCGUGGCUGAGGUCCCACCGCCGUCGCUGCAGUUUGAGUUGAGAUUGCCGCCUGGAAGCUGCGCUAUGGGUGGCUGCUGCUUUGGCGCAUUGGGCCGCGGUGGCAAUUUUGGCAUCGCGCCGACGCUUCCGACAGCCGGUGUCGCAGCUGCAGGAUCGCUGCCGGAAUCAGCGGAUGACAUUCUAGAGGAACUGAGGAAGAGUUACUAG